AUGGAGUCUCGCAACCCCGGCUUCGUGAAUGCCCUCCAGACCCUGGCGCUGUUGCCGCACCAGUACCCGGCCAACGUGAGGGUUAUCGUCCCUCCCCUGCCUCGGGUCCCUAGACAUCGCCAUCACAGAAAGAGGAAGUCAUCCAGUUCGUCAUCUUCCUCCUCGUCAUCGGACUCGACCUCGUCCACCGUGUCGUCCUCGUCGAGCUCGACGUCAAGCGAGGAGAGGCACAGGAGGAGCCGACGACAUCGCUCCAGGAGGCGGGAACACUCGGGCCAGGGCCGAGAUAAGCCCAAGGGACACUCCGACGCCACUCGAGUGGGCGAGAUCCCGGACCUACCCCUCGAGACGCCACCAGGCACCCCGGCAGCAGGAACACCGGCAGAGGACGCAGAGGGGGUGCUCGUCCUGCACGCGUCGGACACCGACACCACAGCCAGCG